AAGAUGCGGACCAACGCGCUUGUGCCAGGUCGUUUUCUGACACUUUCUGCUCACGUGGUGCUUCUGGUGACCCUACUCUGGGUCUACGACGAGAACGUUCGGGCCUGUCUGCCACGCGAAUACAGCGACGCGCAGUACGCCGCCAAGAGCACCGAGAUAAUCGUCGGACUCUCGCUGGGCCUCGUCUUGGCCGUGUUCGAGCUGGUCGGCUUCCUGACCGGCGUGUCCAUGUUCUUCGCGUCUCAGGCCAUCAUCUCGACGGCAGCUCACUGCGCGGCCACCGUUGCACUCACCUACUUCGUAGUGGACCUCUGGAACUGCUCCACGUACUGGUGGAUAUUCGUGUUCUGUAGCGUGUUGCCGGCGUUUGUCGAACUCUGCGUGAUCGUCGGAGUCGUGUGCCUCAAGAAGGUUCCCUGAAACGUUUGGACGUCUCCCUUGUGAAUGCGUGGCAACUUGCUUUCUUUG